ACGGGUCGCGAUGGCGUUUGCUGGAAGGUAAUCUGGUCAAUGUGUUGUGUCUAAGAUUCACUGAGCUAUAAAGUAUGAUCCGCCAUAUAUAUUUUUAGCACUAACUGUGGAUUAACAAAGAAUAGCGGCGAAGACACAUUCCACAGAAACGGGUUUUAUCAUCAGUUUACCUUGCUCUUUUUCUCGACGACCAAUUGGUGGCGACAGCGGAAUCUGAAACCAUCAGCCGCAGAAGAAGAGCGAGUUGCAGGAGCGGCUGCCAUUGCUGUUGCCAUGGGGACAACGAUGAGCGAGCCUUGCAUCUACGACAAGCUGUCGGAGAGCAUCGAUAUACUCCGUCAAUCGGGCUACCGCUACGGGAUGUCAGAGAGGGAGAUAGAGUGCUUCAUCAAGCGGAUGCUGGAGACCAAUGAGCCCAGGAGAGAACCGCCUCAGUUCCCUGUUCUCAGGGCCACCAUCAAGUUUGUGGUGGCUGUGGGCUUCCUGCUGGUGGUGGUCUUGGCCUUCUUGUACCCUCAGAGCUCAACGCAGUUGGGUCUGGUCCAUUUGGGAUCCUACAACUGGUCAUCGCCCCUCAGCCACGUGCGCCUGCUGUCCCUGCCCAUUGCCAAGAAAUACAACUUGCUAGGUUUCCAUGAAUGGUGGAGUGCCGGUUCUGUCAGACAGAACUUGGUCAACUGUUCUGGCUGUGCAGACAUCUCCUCAGUGCUGGAAGUGCCAGAGAGCCUCAGUGGAACUGUGACCCUGCGUCGGGGGCCACAACUUGUCCUGUUAAAGGGUGGUGAGUCCCUCAGCAUUGAACGGCUCCAGCUGGAGGAGCUCUACCUGGCCCAUUCUGGGUCCAUGUCUGUUUUGCUUGAAGAUGACGACAGCGUGCAGAACCUGAACGCUGGCCUCCCGCAAGGACCCGCCAACUUCACCUUGCUUUGGAGGUUUCGUUCUGCGACCAGAGAGAAGGUGCUAAGGUGGCUCUUUCCCAAGGCAGAGCUCUGCCCCCUGCUGGACAGUGCCGGGACCAUCUUGCAGCGCUGCCUGGUCACCCACAGCACCAACUCCCAGAGCAAAUCUCAGGGUGUGGGGGUCUUGGGCUGGCUGGUGGUGGGUGAGGGGCUGCCGACGGUUCGAGUUGUUCCUGUUCAACGCUGUCAGAAAUACUGCAGCUCCUUCAACCUAUGGCUCAAUCCCGGAGACAUAGUGUACGCUGAUCCUCGGUACUGGCAGAUGGAGCUAUUCCCCGGCCGAGGCCAGAACAUCGUGUGCGACGGGUCAGCAUUUUAACGCUCAAGGUUUGACGGUGAAUGUCUUGACUUCCUGCUGAAGCUUGGCGGUGUGUGUCUGAAGAGGCUCCGCCCACUGAUGCCUUAUAAACCCUCAGAGAACUGGAGACUGCUGCGCAAACAUGACUUUGGUCUGCUGAUUUUAAGCGUGCCAAGGUUGAGAAAAGGCAGAACAAGCUCAGUGUGCCAUAAGUAAACAUUUUUUAAAAAUAACUGAACAUUUAUGAAGACAAUAGGUCCACUUUCAUCUUUCCUUUAAAUUUUGCACAAAAGACAAAGCUGCUUCUCUUGUUUCCCUAUUAUUUAUUGGUAUUAUUGGAUGUAUGUGGCACACAGUAUGUUUAAGCUGUUUCUUUGAACAAAAUCUUGAAAUGUCAUUAUACUUUGUGAUCAUCAAUGCAGACAACUCAUGGGACCAAAAACCUGUAUGAAGUGAAUAAAUCACAAAUAUGAA